UUUUUGAUACCCGGUUGCCGUCUUUGUCACUCCACAUUCCUUCCACCUCUCUUACUACUCCGUCUUUUCUAUAUGGCUCCACCAGAUAACGACUCACAGUCGCUGAAUACAGAAGCCAACACUGUCAAUGGCAAACAUCUCGGUUCUGCUGAUCUUGACGAGCAGCAUGCUGAACUUGUCUCGAAGUACAUCUCGCAAUUCGACCUAGUUGACAUUGGAUCUCGCCAGAAGAACACCGCAUCCGACCUGAAAGAUGUCAGGAACAUCUUAGUUACAGGCGGUGCAGGAUUCAUUGGAUCUUUUGUUGCUCGCAAACUGGUCGUCUUGUACCCGGAGUAUCACAUCUAUGUUGUCGAUAAACUAGACUAUUGUGGUUCAACCAGAAGUCUAAAGUCCCUUGGCAAUUUCCCUAACUAUACGUUCAUUAGAGGCGAUAUUACCUCACCCGACUUCAUGGCAUUCCUUCUCAAAGAAAAGCAGAUCGAUGUUAUCUUCCAUUUGGCAGCUCAAACGCAUGUAGACAACUCAUUUGGUGAUUCUUUCGAGUUUACAAAGAACAAUGUAAUGGGAACGCAUGUUCUCUUGGAAGCUGCCAAAGUGCAUGGAAUCAAAAGAUUUAUUCAUGUUAGUACGGAUGAAGUCUACGGUGAAGUGGUCAGUCGUCCUGAUUGCCCUGAAGACACUAUUCUUGCACCAUCCAACCCAUACUCAGCCACUAAAGCCGCAGCUGAAUGCUUAGUCAAGGCCUAUUACAUGUCAUUUGGUCUGCCUAUCCUAAUUACUCGCUCAAAUAAUGUUUUUGGACCAUACCAAUACCCAGAAAAAAUCUGCUCCAAAUUCAUUUGCAGUCUUUUGAGAGGAGGUCGAUGCUUUGUGCACGGUGACGGAAGCAACUCAAGGAAGUAUUUGUACGCUGGAGACGUAGCGGACGCAUUGGAUACCAUUUUCCACCAAGGACAGGUGGGGGAGUCAUACAACAUCGGGUCAGCAUUCGAAAUAUCGAAUCUGGACUUGGCUAAAAGAUUGAUCCGAUUAUUCGGCUUGGAAGAUAAGAUGGAUGAGCACAUUGAAUUCGUGCAAGAUCGAGCUUUUAACGACAGACGGUAUGCCGUAGAUUGUUCCAAGCUGGAAAGAUUAGGUUGGCGGCCAAAAACCCCGUUUGAUGUUGGAUUAGUCAAGUCAAUUGAAUGGUAUUCCAGACACGCGAACGAGUGGUGGGGAGAUAUAGCCUGUGCUCUUGUCCCUCAUCCUCUAAAAGCCAUGCCACCCUAUGAGAAUUCUCAGAUGAUUUAACCCGUCACAGAAAUUGAUCAUCGUUAGAUUAUUAAUAAAUGUUUAUGAUCGAUACUUUUUGGAUGCAUGAAUAAUUAAAGCAAAGAGUUUAAACUAAAGAAAACUUUGAUUCAAGUAAUCAUUAAAUCACAUUUGUUGAAGUUGA